AUGGCCGCCAACUAUUGGGCAUCGUCCCAGCGUCGACACUGGCUAUUCUCCAGAGAGAAACUCGCAGAUAUUCGUGAUGGUUUAUGGGAGAAGGACAAGGUGGCCCACUCACAAUUCCCGUUGCCGGAUCAACGCCUGCUGAAUAUCUACUUCAAUCAACAACUCAUCAAGCUUGGAAAGCGCAUGUCCACUCGACAGCAAGCGAUUGCCACAGCACAGGUGUAUCUGAAGAGAUUUUACACCAAAAAUGAGAUUCGGCAGACGAAUCCAUAUCUUGUGCUCACCACCGCCUUUUAUUUGGCCUGCAAGAUGGAAGAGUGCCCACAGCAUAUCCGAUUCGUGGUUGGCGAGGCGCGCGGUCUAUGGCCAGAAUUCAUUACCCCAGACGUCGCAAAACUAGGAGAAUGCGAGUUUGCCCUGAUCUCUGAAAUGAGCUCACAGCUGAUCGUGCAUCAUCCUUACCGUACUUUGUCAGAACUGCAAACCGAACUCCAGCUCACAUCUGAUGAAGUCGCCCUUGCAUGGUCGGUGAUCAACGAUCACUAUCUAACCGACCUGCCACUACUGCAUCCGCCCCACGUCAUCGCCAUCAUGGCAAUCAUUGUCGCAGUGGUCUUCAAGCCUACCCACCCAACCGCUUUCACUAGCUCUGGGCAAUCCGCCAUAGCAGCCUCCAUGCGAGAUGGAGGAGGCAUGCAGAUGCUAGCCGCUCUGUCAGAUAAGUCAGGAACAGCUCCUCCUCCCAAGAUCACGAAGCUGGUGAGCUGGCUCGCGGAAAGCGAAAUUGACAUCAAAGCUGUAAUUGAAUGUACUCAAGAGCUGGUCUCGUUGUACGAGGUUUGGGAGCAAUACAGCGAGAAAACAUGCAAAGAACUGAUAGGAAGGAUGGUCAAGAGCAAGAAUUUGGACAAAUGA